AUGGCUGAAAAGCAGCUGGAGGAUCCUAAGUACAUCCCAGCAGAGCAGACCAAGAUGUAUUCACAGAACCAGUUCAGUCUGAGAACACCACAGCCUGGACACAGACAGUCCACACGUAGGGAUCCUAAGAAGUGGGUGAGGUCUGGGUGUGUGAAUGGGGUGCAGCCUAGCAGGGCCAUGAAGUCCCAUCACUCCCCAGAGAACGCGGCCAGGGAGAGGAGCCGUGUGCGUAACCUCCGUCAGGCCUUCCACAGCCUGCAGGCAGCCCUGCCCUCCGUCCCCCGUGACACCAAGCUCUCCAAGCUGGACGUCCUGGUCCUGGCCACCGACUACAUCGCCCACCUUACUGAGACCCUGGAUCAGGGAGGGCCUCUGUCUGAACUCCCACUACCCCCCAGGGCAGGGGGCUACCUCCACCCAGUCAAGAAGUGGCCGAUGCGCUCCUUGCUGUACUGUGGGAGGACUGCUGUCAGCCAAUCAGACGCCAGUGUCAGGAGAGAAGGAGACACAUCCACUGACCCCUAACCCAGAGGUCAACAUGGACAAAUCCAUUUAGUAUUAGGAGCGAUGAAAUACCAAUAUAUCCAACUGUGCUGCUUAUGAAACUGCAAUGAAUUGCAACGUACAUGUAAUGUACUUGCUGAACACGGAAACUCCUACAAUGUCCAGGGGAUUAGAUACAGUGAUUAAGAUAUAAAAUACAAAACCAAAGGAUCGCUUUGCUUAGCACAUUGUACCACUUAUUUAUUACACUGCAUAAAACAUAAAUCACUAAAAGUGUGUAAAAUAAUUUGUUAUGAUCAAAGAGUGCAAU